AACAUUUGCAUUGGAGAAGAACGCUGUCAUUGGUCGAAUUUGUUUUGAUUCGACUAACUGUCACUUUGGCUAACUGAACUACCUAGAGAUCGAAAAACCUGACUCGUAAUAUUUCGCGUGUGUUGUGGACAGUGUGCUGAGUGUUGUUUGUUCUCUUUUUGAAGGAAUAUUGGCAUGUGAUUCAUUCCCUUUAUCAAGAUAAUGGUUGAUAACAGCUGUGUUAUAGAAGGAACUGUUAAGUUUCGAGAUGGAAAAAAGUGGAAAUCAAGAUGGUGUGUCAUGAGAAAACUAUCUCCAGUUGCAGACUGUUUACAUCUGCAGCUGUACAGAGACUCCAAAGAUAGAUAUAAGCAAGGCCAAACCAAAGCUUCCCUCUCCCUUCAACAAUUCCUAGGAUUAGAGACUGGUUUUACAUUAGAUAAGGAAUCCAAUACUGUAGCUAUUUUAUGUGAAGAUGUGGUGGUGGUGUUAGCAUUCGAUAACCGGGAAAGGCUUAUGCAAUGGCAGGUGAAACUGAGCGCUCAUCUGAACGACGGCCCCCACUACCUGGUCCUCGUCUCUUCGGCCCCGCCCAAGUCCCGCCUACCGCCAGGCCCCGCCCGCUUGCACGUCCAAGAGCGCGGCUUCUGCGUGACAUCGGGCGUGCCUCCGCGCGUCGCCGGCCGCUGGUUGGUCGGCGAUUUGAGGCGGUACGGCGUGGUGGAGGGGCGGUUCUGCUUCGAGGGCGGGUCCAGGUGUGGGCGGGGCGAGGGGCUGUACGUGGUGCUGACGGACCAGGGGGAGGAGAUCGCGAGCGCGCUGAAGAUGGCCGCCACGGGGAAUCUGCACGCGAGUAGGAGGAGGCCGGUGUCGAGGAAUAUGUCGGUGAUGGACAGUCCCCGCCGUCCUCCUAUGAGGCCAGGCGGCGUGACCUUGGACUUGAGCGAAGGCUCCAUCAUUUCCAGGGCCGACUCGCCCUACACGGAUAUGGACAGCAACUACGACUGCGGCGACAGCGUGUCGCACGACGGCUGGGCUGCGCCACCCAUCGAGCGCUGCAUGAGCUGCAUCAGCAAGCUGGGAGCCAUGUCCAGGUCUUCGACAGCAACAGCGGGCACCCCUUGCUGGGAGCACACCUGCGACCGCCAUUCUGUCAGCAGCAGCUCGGACAGCAGCGGUUGGAGCCAAGCCGUUAUCAAGCCGCCCGCCCGGCCGCCCAAACCGCCCCAGGGCGCGCCCACGCCCAAGAAGCCGCUGCCACUUCCAACGCCCGCUUACGAUAAUUACGACGUUCCUAAGAUACCCUACUCUGUGGAGCCAAAACUAGAAGAGCUGUACGACACCCCUAGGAAGCUGAAAGAGUGCAUCCACAGCGCGGCUUUCGACACCAUCCAGAAGCCGUGCGGCUGCGUGCUGCGCGUGCGCCAGCCAGAACCCGACCGGCCCUGUGUUUGCCAGCGCCUGCUGUCCUGCUGGAGCGUGCCUGAGGACGCACACGCCAUCUACGCCGCCGUGGACUACGCCAAGAAGGCGCACGACAGGCAGGCGGCGCAGAACAACUACGCCAACGUGGGGCCGCCGGCGGUCAUGGCCGCGCCGACUUCGACGAACUACGAAAACAUGGAAUUUGCUCAAACGCUCACGAUGUACGAAAACAGCAAGGACAUCGCCGACAAAGUCAAAGCCCUCUGCGACAAGUGCGGCCACGCUCAAGACGACUACCUCAUGAUGCAGCCCUCGAGGCCUGCGCAGCCUCAUCCAGGAUACAUCCCCAUGUCUCCCGCCGUCAAGCAGCGGCUGGGAAAAGUUUUAUCCAACAGCAACCCCAAUUUGGGGCCCGCGUUAGACCGCUCCAACAAGCCCUCAGGGUCGUCCAUGCUUCAGGCAUACGUUUACCAGCGGAAGCAGAUGAUGGACAAUGCUGAUAAUCUGGAUGUGAGGAGGAAUAGGUCCAACUCGGCAGAUUCUUCAACUAGCCGCUGCGAACCGGACCCGGACCCAGAAACCUCCCCCUGCCACUGCGCCCUGGCGGUACGGCGUUCCUCCUCGGUCCCAUGCAAGUCCAACCGCGACUCCUCCAGCUCCAACGAUUCGGGAGUCUUCGAGCUUCCCCGCAAGCCCCACUUUCCCCCAAGUCAGACCCUCCCGCGGCGCUCCAAGUCCUCCGACCCGCUGCGAGACCUAACUUUCCAAUUCACGAAGGCGGAGGUCAAGUCCUCUAGUGCAGAGGGGGAAGUCCCGGUGUGCCCAAACGGGUCCACUAGCAGCGGGACUUCGGACAUGUCGGACUAUUUCGAGACGCUGUCGCUGUCUUCGCACAGUUCCGGGGACGCACCGCCGCAGAGCUGCACGCUGAGGCCUCGCUCCGGGAACGAGUAUUUGAGUCUGCAGAGACUUAUCGCUCCGGUGCCGGAGGAGCGCCAUUGAACUAGUCUACUUAGCUUAGUAAGCAAUAAGGUUGAUAGCGUAUACAUAUUAUUAUACAUAUUAGUAUCACUUAUUAUAUCUGUAAUCUUUUUCUGUAUAAAGGUAUUUACUUUAUAAAUAAAUUAUUCGUCCUG